GUAGGAACCGCAACUCUGUUUUUAUUAAAAUACUCACCUAAAGGAGGUAAUUUGGAAUAAACAUGGAGGCUGAUGAAUGGAAAUUUCGAGGAGAAGGAAAUGCAUUUCUGGUGCUAACAAACACAAGGGAUGGAAUGGUGUACAGGUUUGCCAAAACAAAACACUGGAGAAAGGGUCUUCUUUCAAAAUGCAACAAGAAUGAAAAAAAUGAAGUUAUCCAUGAAGAAAUGAAAUUAGUAGUUGACUACAUGAAAAAUGUCAUGCGACCACUGCUUGGGUGUGCAUUUGUUGAAUUACCAGUAUUGAAGGAUAUAGCAGGAGGGCUUCCAUUCAGUGAAUCAGAGAUAAAAGGCUUUAGACCAGCCCAGAGGAAGGGCCAGCAUGUGAAGCCAUGCACCAUUCACCCAGCCACGCUGUCAGCUCUAGUCAUGCCAGACCUGUGCUUUGUGAGGGGAGGCCCUGCCUUCACAUCACCCACAAUCAGUGUGGAGAUUAAACCCAAAAAGGCGUUCAUGCACGUACACAGUACGGACACGCCAGAAGAGAAGUCCCUGGUCUGCAAGUUCUGUAUGCACCAGCGAUUGAAGGCAAAGACGAAACAGUGGUCAGAAACCAGUAAAUACUGUCCAUUAGACCUUUUUUCUGGUAAUAGGAGGAGGAUGAAACAGGCGCUCAUUGCAUUGGCGCAUACACCACAAAACAACCUGAGAAUCUGUCAGGAUGGAGAGGAGGUGCAUGGAGCAUGCCGGGACGGGUUUCAGGGCGGAGAACUCUGUUGUGUGCUGCAGGAGGCUCUGGGAGUCACCUCCCCUGUCCUAAGACACAACGGAUACAGCAAGUCAGACAUGUUGGUGCAAGUGUUCCUGGACUUGAUACUUGAGACCCUGCUGUAUGUACCAGACCAGCCCGACGUGACCCGGAGUCAGGCUUGGUCCCCCAGGCCAGCCAACGUCCAGUCAUGUCAGAACAGCCUGUCACAGUCAGAGUCCUUUAAACAAGAUGAAGUAUAUAGCAUACCAGAAGGUUGCGUGCUGGAGCGUAUUCUCUCCAUCCAGAGCAGAGACAGGCUGGACAUUGAUGGUAUCUACCCCAUCUACACAGAUCUGGUCAAUCAGUUUAAACAAUCACCUGGCAGCAGUAUCACGUCUAACUUGGAUGGGCCGUAUGACCAGGGAGACUGGCUUGCCGCGAUGUCACAGGAUGGUUGCGAUCUGAUCAUUGAACAAGAAAACCCAGUCAACAAGGUGAAGCAGUUUUUCGUUUCCAAAACAGUACAGGACUGCUCAAUCAUGGUCGCUCUGCAGAAAGUACCGGCAAGCUGCAAUGAAAAGGAGGUUGGACCAUGUGUGACCCUAGAUGGCGGCCAAAGGGUACGGUUCUCGGUGACUGUGGUGGAUCUGGAUCCAAAACCAUUCUGCAAGAUUGAGACGUAUCAUAACCAGGAUGAAGAAAUCGUGAACGAAUACAGAGAGACCUCCAGAGAUGUGCAAUAAACAUGAUCAUUUGAAUUGUGUUCUGAGAAAACUGGGCAUAAUGCAUGUGCGUAAAGUGUCGUCCUAGAUAAGCCUGUGCAGUCCGCACAGGCUUUUUCAGGGACGACACUUUCCGCCUAAACUAGAUUUUUGCUAAGAAGAGAC